GCAGCCUGCACAUGAGAAGAUAGGAGUAGUAGAUUCUCAGUGGGUCGUUCAUCAAUCUUUUCCUUCCCUUGGCAACCAAGGUGAAGCGACGGACGGGAAAGCACCAUGGCAAGGGGUGAGGGAUAGAUGCACAAAGGAAUGGACAAUGUUCCAGAGUAGAAUGGCUAGCGCAGAAAAGGAUUAUUUCAAAUCUUUACAAGUAGAAGGCUCCUCCAAUUCAACAACAACAGCCAUUUAAAUAGGAGAGUUUUUAAGUAGCCAAGACGCUGACAGAUUCAGUUCACAUAGUGUCUUACAUUUACAUAUAGAGUCUGUAUAUGUUUAUGUAGUAGAUAUACCCAUCACAACCUUCCAUCGAAUAAACAAAAAGAUGAAUGUUUUGAUCCAGUAAAGCACUUGUGUAUCAACAUCCAGCACUAGUGCAACUAGUGGCAUGUGAUGUGUAUACUAUGUUAAGCAUUGUGAGUUUUACUUUAUCUACAAGAAAAUUCUGAAGUGAGUGGCAAAGAGCCGUGUUACAAAGAUGGUGUGGCGUGUUAUGUUUCCAUGGAUCAGUGGAGUCACACGUGUCGGUUUCCUGACGCACAGGAACUUGAGAAGCUUUCCACAAAGCAUUUCCUUAGAACCACGUGUCAGAGACUUUUGUGAUACAGUCACAAUCAUGUGUUUGUCUCGUACCUCACGCGUCAUGCCACACGUUUAGACCGAUAAAUUAAAAGCCAGAGGAUUAUUAGACAGUAGUGGCUGGAUUAAAGAAACUUCCUCAUUUGCUCUCUUUAUUAGUUUAUUUUAAAGCUCCUGAAAGAUCUCAAAUUCAUCUCCUGAAGAUUCAAGAAACUGAAAGAAAGUAUCUUUAGGAAGAAGAAUGGGUCUUUCUCAUUACCCGACGGCGUCUGAUGGAUUAGUGCCAAUGCUAGUGAUGAACACAGUUGUUUCGGUGUCUAUCUUGAAGAACAUGGUAAGGUCUGUUCUUCAAGUGGUGAGCUCUGAUACCAAUGAGGCAAGGAACAUAGAGGAUGGCGUAGAUCAUGAGGAUUCAGAAAGAAAUAGAAUCUCAAUCACACACUUUGAUACUCUUUGUGUGAAAGGAAGCAUGAAGGAGAGAGAAGAUUUGGAGUGUUGUGUGUGUCUAUGUGGGUUUAAAGAGAAGGAGGAAGUGACUGAGUUAGUGUCUUGCAAGCAUUACUUUCACACGGCUUGUCUUGAUAAAUGGUUUGGUAAUAACCACACCACAUGUCCUCUCUGUAGAUCCAUCCUUUAGCUAUGGAUCUUACUCUACUUUCCUUUUAUGGCUUUUCACCAUUUUUUUAAUGUUUUUUUCUAGUUUCUAUUUUGGGAAACUCAGAUUCUGUUGUGUUCCACUUCGUGGAUUUUGGAAGAGUUGUUUAUUUUACUUAAAUAAAAGUACUUUGAUAGCU